ACUAGCUAGUACUUAGAAGACGGUGGAAGAAAGGUAGAGUUACGCAUGGUCUGAGACCUCACCACCGUUCUUCUCUGUUCUCUCCCUCAAUUAAAUCCGCCACGGAUCGGAGACAACAAAAAAUGCAGCGUAACAUGGGCAGCUCCGCCGCCGCCGCCACCUCUACGAGAGGCAUCGCCGCCAUUGUUGGCGUGGGACCCGACCUGGGCCGCUCCAUCGCCCGCAAGUUCGCCCACGAAGGCUACACCGUCGCCAUCUUAGCCCGCGACUUAGGUAGAUUGUCGAGGUUUGCCGACGAGAUAGCCCGGGAAGAAAAGGCGCAGGUUUUCGCCAUCGGAAUCGACUGCUCGGAGUCCCGGAGCAUACUGGAAGCAUUCGAGGGCGUUCUGUCCCUGGGAUUCGUGGAAGUUCUGGUGUAUAAUGUGUACCACCAGCUCUCCUGGCUCGCCACCAACUUCACCGAUAUUCGGAUCCAAAGCUUCGAGAAAUCCCUCGCCGUCUCCUCCGUCGGCGCCUUCCUCUGCGCUCAACAGGUGGUGCCGGGCAUGGUGGAAAGAGGGAGAGGGACGAUUCUCUUCACCGGCUGCGCCGCUUCUCUCAACGGCAUUGCUGGCUUUUCCGAACUAUGCUGUGGGAAAUUUGCACUGAGAGCGCUGUCGCAGUGCCUGGCGAGGGAGUUCCAGCCGCAGGGAAUACACGUGGCGCAUGUCGUCAUCGACGGCAUCGUCGGCACACCCAGGGGUGGGAUGGGAUCGGUGUCGUGGCAACAACAGAGUAGGGGCGAGGGCGGAGGAGGGGACGGAGGAUGGAUGGACCCUGAAGCGCUGGCGCAGACCUAUUGGCAAUUGCACAUUCAAGACCGGUCUGCCUGGACCCAGGAGAUGGAUCUUCGUCCUUGCAACUCCAGGGUGCUAUAACAAGGGAUGGAGGGGGAUAUUAAGCACAAAAACCCAAUACUAUCUUAGUACUGUAUCAAGGAAUUGAAGAUUGAUGUAUGUGUGUUGAUUAAUUGUGAUGUUAUGUACUCUGAGCUUGAUUUUCAUGAUUGGACUGUAAUUAAUGAAUGAUUAAGCAUGGGAAUUUUGAUAUUAUGGGGGACCAAGAGGGGACAAAUGGGUACAGGGUUUGCAUGGUUACAACAAGGGAUUCGUGUUCUAAUUCAGUACACACAAGAAGUCACAUUUUGGAAUCAGAAUUCUGGAAACCCAAUUCAAUAAAGUGCAUAGCCUUUCACCUCU